AUGUACAACUUUGAGUUGGAUUUGAAUGAAAAAUCGCAGUUUCCCCUCGAAUACAAUAGAGCUACGGGUACUGAGGAGGAAUUUAAAAGAGUGUUGGAAUGGCAGGAAAAAUUUUUUAAAGCGUUUUUUGGUGAAGAGAAGUAUGAAGCUUACGUAAAAUUGAGUGGGGAUAAAGAUAAAUAUGAUCAGUUAGUGAAGUUUGUAAAACCAUACGCAAGAAAACUGAAAGAUAUAUUAAAAGCGGCAGAAGACAAUGCUUCUGCGAUAUUGAAAUAUAUAUUUUUUGAAGAGUUAACAGAAGUAAAACCGGAGGAUGUUAAAGACGCAUUGGGAAAUUCGGUGAAGGCUUUGUCUGAUGAAUUGCCAAAACUACUAAUUAAAGAAAAAUUUGAGAAGGUUCUUAAAGAUGAAUCUAAAGAUAAUGUGAAGGAUGUUGCGAAUGUUGAGAAUGUUGUGAAAUUGUCAAAAAAAAUUAAAAAUGUAUUGGGCAUACAACAACAAACAAAUUUGUCAGAUGGAGAUGUUAUAAAAUAUUUGAAGGAAUUAUAUAAAAUAGCUUAUGAGAUGAAAAUGAAACCUGGUAAACCUGUCAAACGUCCUUGUUACAUAACUGUCGGAAAAGUUUGUAUAAUUGACGUCUGUAUGUUUUUAAAUUUUAUUUUUAAAUAUUACAAGACAUAA